AUGCAAUCCUUAUCUAGGUUACCGUUAGUAAGAUUGUUUUCAACAACAUCAAUGUCAUCGACAUAUGCAAAUGAACCAAAUGUAGCAAAAUAUUUAUCCUCAUUUCGAAAAAAUGAUGUGAAUGGCGUCAAAACAUCUCUGAUUGAAGAAUCAGUUUAUCGUCGAUUAUUUGCUCAGCAACCUAAUGAUAUUGAUCCUCCCCAAUUAUCAUUAUUGCGUCAACCGUAUUUGAAUUUGAUUAACGUAUACGAAAAUCAAGAUAUUUGGGAAGUCAAAAAUAGGUACUUUGAUAAUGAAACUGAUAAUGAUGAAGAUGAUGAAGAUGGAAUGUAUGUUAUGCCUUUGCCUGAAGAGGAAAUAUUAGAUCAAGGUGAUCCUGCUAUUUGUCUUGGUGGGAUUGAAACAUUCCAAAAGAAUUGGAAUCUCUUCACUGAAUCGAGUCUCUCUGGCUUGGAUUGGUCAAAUGUAUUUGCAGCAGGUGGCGCAGUAUUGUCAUGCCUUCUUCCAAUUCCCCAAAAAUAUGGUGUUAGCCCACGUAAAACUCGUGAUUGGUAUCAUGAUAUUUCCUAUCGAGACUCUGAUAUCGAUCUUUUCAUUUAUGGACUGGACGAGGAAGCAGCUAAGCAAAAGAUGAUAGAGAUUUACGAAGCUGUUUGUAAUUCUAUUCCUUGGGCAGUUGCAUGUUUUCGAAGUAAACAUUGUGUGACAAUUUUAAGUCAAUAUCCUUAUCGUCACAUUCAAAUUAUACUUCGAUUAUAUAACUCUCCUUCAGAAAUUCUUACUGGCUUUGAUGUUGAUUGUUGUUGCGUUGGGUUCGAUGGUAAAAAUGUCUGGGCUUUACCAAGAGCUCAUCAAGCAAUCAUUAAACAAUGUAACACUGUUGACUUGACUAGAAGGUCUCCAUCAUAUGAGAUGAGAUUGGUAAAAUAUGCAGAAAGAGGUUUUGAGAUCAAAGUUCCAUCAUUAGAUCGCUCCAGAAUUGACCCUACAAUAUAUGAAAAAAGUUUUGAAAAACUUAAUGGUCUCGCUCGUUUACUUGUACUAGAACGUCUAAACACGCCUUAUGAAAGAUUUGAAUAUAUAGAAAAAAAACGUGAACGCAAUUGUCGUCCAAAACAUCCAAAUUCUGGUAAAUAUGUAUCAAGGAGACCGAGAAGACGUAGCAAUAUGAAAUUAAAUAAAUUUGAAAAUAAUGAUUAUGAAACGGUAACUUUACCAUAUGGUCCUAAAUAUGACGCGAAAAGAAUUAUGAAAUUACUUUAUACAAAGGAUAUGGUAUUGAAUUCAAAGUGGUAUGAAAAAAACAAAGAGAGAGUUCUACAUAGACAUCCAUGCUUCUUUGGAACGAUGGAACAAAUUUUUAAUGAUGGUUGUGGUUAUUGUCCCGUUCCUAGUACUUCAGAAGAAGUUGCUACUCAAAUUGAAGAAGAUAAAACAUUUGUAAGAGGUAAAAUGGAAUUUAUAAAGGAUGAUCCAGGAAGGCAAACUAUUGGAAGCUUUCAUCCAUUAACCGAUGAUGAUUGGGCAGCACAAGCUUAUAUUACUAAUGUUAGAGAAGAUCUGUGUAAUGCUUGUGCAAGAGGCGACGUGGAUGUCGUUGAGAAUCUCUUAAAGCAGAAUUCCUUACCAAAUGUUAAUGAGGACUCCCAGAUCAAGAUUGAUGUCGAAGCAAGAGAUUAUCUUGGAAGGACUCCAUUACAGUUGGCUGUUUUGGGAGGUCAUACUGAGAUAGUUAAAAUUUUAUUACAACAUGGUGCUAGAAUCAUUGCAAGAAUGCCAGAUGGUAGAACUGUCGUUCAUUUGGCUUCACAGUAUGGAUUUUUAGAUAUUUUAAGAUUAUUAUUACAAAAAAGUGAUGAAAAUAAGAAAGAAGCGCAAGAAAAAGAAAAUAGAGAAUUGGAAAAUAAUCAAAUGCAAAUUGAAGAACAACAGGAAACUAAUGAUAAUGUAAUGAUAAUUGAUGAUUCAUUGGAAAUGGUUGAUGAAACGCAAGAAUCAUCAAUGGUAUCCAAGGGCGAUCCAAUUUUAGACCCAGAAAAUGAGAAUGAACAAGAUGACGACAUAGUAGAUAUAAAUGCCGAAUCUUGGGAUCAUCCGCUAGCUCCUUUAGACUAUGCCAUAUUAUUUGGAAAUGUAGAAAUAGUAAGACAAUUGGUUAAAGCCGGAGCAAACGUUCGAAGAUUAAUUAAAUUACAGGAUAAGAAUUGCAAAUUUUUAAGAUAUGAACCUUGCUAUCCAUUAAAUUUAUGUUUAUUAAUUCAAGAUCAGGAAUCUGGGUUAGCAAUUGCUUCAAUUUUACUGGAAAAUGGUGCUUCAGCUUCUCAAAUCGGUUACUCAUUUAAUAACAUUUUACAUUUUGCUGUUCAAACUGGAAAAAUACAAUUUGUUAAAUUGUUACUUGAUAUGGAUCCAAUAUCAUCAAAAAUAAUUAAUUCAUUGAAUAGUUCUCUUAAAUCCCCACUAUGUCUAGCUAUUGAUAAUAAUCAUUUAGAAAUCAUCGAAUUAUUAAUUAAGUACGGUGCAAGAACAAAUAUUACAUUAAAGGACGUUCAAGAAUAUUAUAAUCGUAAAUUACCUAAAAAUAAGUAUUCUACAGCAAAUAAAUUAUUUGAGGGCAUAAAGCAGCCCAUAUUUGAUGCAUUGCAAAAUAAUUUAUAUCGUACUUUAAUUGAGGCUGGAGCAGAUGUCAAUGCUACUUAUCAUAAAAACUACGCUAGAGAUAAAAUUGAAAAAUUAAUAGAUGAUAAUAAAGCCAAUAUUAAAAGUUAUAAAGAAAAUUUAAAACAUUUAAAUGAAGGAAAGAAGCAAACUCCAAAAGAAAUAAAAGUAACAAAAAUUAUGCAGUAUUUAAAGGAAUUAAUUAAAAAAGAAAAAGAGGAUGUAAAAGGAUCUUAUAGAGAAUAUGCACUUAGUCAGCAUACUAUUAAAGAUUUUUAUGAUUUCUAUCAUAAGAUGUAUCCAACAAUAUGUCCUCCACAUUCAUCUCAAAAGCCUUGUAAUAGCAAAGAUAUAAAUGAACUCAAAGAAAAAUACACAAAAUUAAUUGAACUAGAAAUUAGUAAAUUAAACUAUAACGAGGAAUGUUUAGAACAUUUUAUUAAUCAUGGCGCUAAAAAUUCAAAAGAAGUUGACUUGAAAAAUAAUUUAAAAAUACCAAAAAAAUUAAUGAAAGGAUAUCAAGAACAGUUAAAUGCUAUCAAGAUAUUAAUGGAAGAAAAGGCUGAAGUGUUAGGAUCUGAAGAAAAAGAACGUUACCUUAAGGAAGAAAUUCUUUUACAACAAGCUAUAAACAAGCAGCAGGAAGAAAUUGAUGAAAUUUAUAAAACAUAUCAAGAAUCUAUACAACCAGAACCAUAUAAUGAAGAAUCAACUCUAGAAUUACCAUUACCUGAAAACAUUUUUUCUGAGCCAAUAAAUUUUGAUAAACUUAUAAUGAAAUUCACUUAUCUUGAUGAUGAUAAUGUAUAUUGUGAAAAAGUUGUACCAGAAAAACUAGUUCAAGAAUAUAUGGAAUUAUUUCAAGCUAUUUAUGUUAAUGACAUUAGCAAAGUUGAAAAAAUGGCACAAAUUUUAGUUUUUGCCGUUCAUGAUAAAUUUAACAUGACACCAUUUAUGUUGGCUUGUCUACGUGGUCAUAAUGAAUUGGCAGUUAAAAUUUUAGAUAUUGUUUCUAGUCAAUAUGUACCUAAGAAAAAGAUUGAUUUAGAAGAGGAUGAAGUGAAUGAAAGUAUUAAUGCUAUUAAUGCUAUUAACAAUUACGAUAUUAUUGAUGAUGGUUUGAAUUACACAUACCAAGAAUCUUCACAAUCAGCCUCAAUGAAUGUAUUUGAAGAUGAAAACGAUAAAUUCAAACUCUCUAAUAUUAAGCCCACAGCUAAUUAUUCAGUAUUUCAAUUUCUUCAAUAUAAGAAAUGUUUUAUGAAUAUAAAAAUUGUCCCUAAAAAAUUCUUGGAAGAACACAACAUAAGUGAAAAUAAAUAUUACUCAAGUGGAUUUGAAGUAGCUGUUUUAAAAAAUGAUUUAGAAAUGGUAAAAAAAAUUUUGGAUUGGGCUGAAAAAUAUCAAUAUGUUGAAGACAACAAUCUUGAAAAGGCUGGAGGAUUAGUUACAUAUUUAAUUCAAGGAGAGAACAGCAUGGAUAAAAGAAAUCCGAUGAUGGAUUCUAUUUAUCUUGGAUAUGUGGAUAUGAUGGAUUUGCUUAUUGAAUAUGCUGCAGGGGGAAAUGAUUUUUUUAUCUUUGACAUUAAAGAUCCUGAAGAAGACACUCCUUUGAUCAAGAUACCAAAAUACUAUCAAGGUUUAGAUGUGAAUGGUUCUAUGAAAAGAUCUUGGAUAAUUCAUCAUAAUUCUGAUUUUUCUAAUAAAUCUGUAAAACCCUCUUACAUAUUUUACGCUGCGUAUUAUGGAAAUAUAACAAGUAUGCGAUACUUUUUCUCUGAGAGGCCAAUAAAGGCAUUGAAAAAGUUUGCACAAAAAUACAUUAAUAACAACUCCAAAGAUUUAAGAGUAACGAUUUUGAAUACAAUUGAAGAUAUUCAAAAUGUUGGAAGAAAAUUAUUUACUUACGAAUUAUUUAGAAAUAAUGAAACACCAUUUCAUUGGGCUGUAGAUGGAAAUAAACACUAUGCAAUUGAGGAACUAGUUAAAUUAUAUAAAGAGAAAGAAAUUAAUGAACAAGCAGGAGACAAUAAGGAACAACAAUUAACAAUUGAAGAAAUCCUAGAUAUGAGAACCGAUCGCAAUAAAGUCACUGCUUUACUUUUGGCUGCUUACUUUGGUCACAAUAACUGCGUUAGAACAUUAUUAGAAGUUGGAGCAAAUCCCGAAAUAGCGGAUAAUAAUGGUUGGUCUCUAGCUCAUUAUGCUGCAAAUAAAAACAAUGAUGAAUUAAUGAGUUUAUUGCAUGAGUUGUUGCAACCAGAAAUUUAUCAGGGAAUGUUGAAAAAACGUAGUAAAUCAUUCAACCAUACACCAAUAUCAAUCUCGAUUCUAAAUUCCAACAUCAAACUAACUGAAUAUCUUUUACAACAUGUCUCUACUGCGAAUUUAUUCACUCAUGAUUUUGAGAACAAUCGAUAUCUUCAUUUAUCUCUUAGAGAAGGUCUUUGGUAUAUUUCAAAAAAAUUGAUUGAAUUAGAAUCUACGAUUACAGUUGAAGAUGAUGAGAAGUUUGGUUCCUUAUUUCACGAAAAUUCAUUUGGACAAACCCCGACAGAUAUAGCCAUACAAAUGUUUUUGAAUGAACUAUCAUCUAUUUUAUUUGAAUCACUGUUUUCAAAAAAAAAGGAUCCAGUUAUGAAAAAGUCGAUUAAAGCUUUUAACCUCAUGGUACCAUUUUAUUUACCUAGAAAUGGAGGAAAUCCAUCAUCGAAAAGAGUACUUGCUGAAUUUAAUAAGGUUAAUGAUAUGACAUAUAAAUUAACCGAAAAAAUCUCAUAUGGAUUAGGUAGAAAAAUUGGAUCGAAAGAAAAGGAUACUUAUCCUGGAAGUUUUGCUUCAAUAUUCAAAUAUUGGUCAAAGCCAUCAUGGUAA